AUGAUAAAUUCGGAUAGUUUAAUCCCUCCAGAUGCUGAUGGCUUUUUCAAUCGUCUGAAUCUUCCAGUAGAACAAAGGCCUGUUUUAGGAUAUUUCAGUGGUAAAGUAUAUAACAUAGAUAACGUAGAAGAUUAUCUCAAUUUUGCAUGGAAAUUUGAUAAUCCCUGCUUAUCCGACUUUGAGGAUAGGUUCACAUGGCUAGAAAACUCUUCUGACGUUUUCUCUAUUGACUUGGAGGAUCAGUUAACAUCUAAGUAUGAUUCAGGUUUAAUUGCUUUAUCAACGUUGGAAGAGAAAUUACAGGAAUACUUGUAUGGAGUUAGUGUAACUGACAAUGAAACACCAGAGCACUCUAGUUGGAAUAUACCAGAUUAUCACCCUUUAAAGGUUAAACUUGUUCUUCCAGGAGAUGAAAAUUUUUGUUCAAACACAAAUUGGGACCAAAGGUUACAGUCUGCAUUUAGAAAUAUUUGUCUUUUUAAAAAUAAUGAUAAAUUGAGUGAAUUUAACAAUGAUUAUGAGCACUCAUUAUUGAGUGAUGUUGGCCAUUUUGCAAAUUCAUGUAAAUUGGGUUCAAUUAAGCUUUUAAAUUGUUUGGUGGCUUCAAAUUUUUCAGAAAUUCCAUUUGGAUUUCUUGAAGUCACUCCACAGUCACAUCCAUUAAUUUACAAGUUCUACUCUCCUAAAUUUAAAGAUGACCGACUCUUCGUGUAUGACGGGAUUGUAUUCACUCUAGUCGUUGGAAGCAGCUCCUCUUACUCAAAAAUUAAUUAUACCACCUGUAAAAAACUGUAUUCAAACGACUUUAAGGGGAAACAAGCUCUUUGUGACGCAAUACAACUGAUUGGUACAAUUUCUAGGUUUGCAGUUCCGUUCUGUUGUGUAACAGAUUACAUGGGUUUCAGAGUCGUGUCAGAACCAUUGAUAAGUAUAAGCACAAAUACUAAAUAUUUGUUGGAUGAUUUGCUUGGUCGUGAUUCAUACUCAACUUUAGAGCACGAUGGUCAUCUUGUAACCUCAUCACUAUUCGAAAAUGACCAACUCUAUCGCGAUUUUAUUAAACUGUCUACACAUCUUAGAGUGUCUUCAUUGCCUCUACCCUUCGGCUCUUCAGAUCUUGGAGGAACUCAGGAUUUCAAUAAUAACUCCAAUGCAGUUGAAUCUAACGGAAAUUUGUACUUCCGUAAUACACAUGAGGUUUUACCACCACUACCAGAUUUAAACACUGGAUAUGAUCAGUUAUAUACUAAUCGUUUUCGUCAAGAAUUUUACACAGUCCACUACGAGGGGUUUUUAAAAUGUACACUUAAUUCACAGUCUCUAUUUAAUAAGCACUUUGAUGAUACAGAGUUCCAAAAAGCCGCUGAACUAAAUAACUUUGUUCUUGAAAACAAUAUAGAUAAAUUCCACACCAUUACGAGUUCAUGGGACAUUAGCAACACACUCCAUUCAUUCGGAAUAAAUAUAAGAAACAUCGGAAAGAUAUAUGAAAAUACAGACUAUAGUGCACUCAAAGACUUACUUGCAUGUGAAAUGGCAGCCCGAGCUUUCAAGCAUCUGUGGGACCUUGAAUUGGAAAAUUUUAUCAGAAAUAAAAAUCUAAACCUGGAUUUAAUUCAAGAGCUUUUUGUUAAAAUGUUAAAUGACCUUCUCGGUCUUAGUCUAGAUUCUCUAAUGUUUUGGAACCAAUAUAUCCACCCUCAAAUAUCAAUCCAUUUCAAUGUCAUCGAUUUGCAAGAAAUAACCUUUAAAACUUUGCCUCAAAUGUUACUAAUUAACGCAGUUGAAUAUAACCUGGGAAUUGUUAUACCUAAAUUCUCAAACGGCCAAAAGCAUACUUUACAGAUUGAAUUAGAAGAUUUUAAGUCUUCAAACUAUUCUAACAUUCUCUAUAACGGACCAUUUGAUCUAAAAUUUUAUCCGAAAGUUUCAGUUUCAUGCCCUAAAUACAACUUGUCAAUAUUUAAGGCUUCAUCAAAGUUGUGUGACCACAAAGAUUUCCACGGAUACGGAUUUCUUUUGGAUUCAUCCAGCUUUGGAAUGGGAUUACCGAGACACGUAAAGUCCAAAAUUGUUGGAACUGGUUACCCUUGUAAUCCAAUCUGUUCAUACAACUAUGAAUUGUUGUGCAGUAAAUUUAACCAGCACUUAACUGGAAUUAACUUAUACUGUUUGAUAGAAUCUUUGGUUCAAACAGAUCCUUUUUUGAGAUUUAAGCUCUUGUUAACUUUGGGAUACUCAUUUCUUAAACAUAGAUUUUAUAAAAAAGCUCUCCAAAUAGCCAAAUUCUUGUCAUCGAAUUCAUUUUCAAUGACACUUUACGUUGAGUCUAAGAUCCUGGAACUACAAUGCUAUUGUUUAACAGGGGAUAAUGAAUCAGUGGAGAAUGAAUACAAGUUGAUAAAGGAUAAUUUGAAGAACUUGGAAGGGUUUGAUGGAUUUUUGAACCUGCAGUUACUGAUAGUCAAGUGUUAUCACUCAUGGAAUACUAAUGAUUACAAACCUUGUAUAUCAUACAUAGAGAACUACAAGGAGUCAUUUUUGCACUUGUUCUCUGUAAAAAAUUAUGAGUGGGUCCCUGUUUUCUUUCUUUCCCUGUUAGGCUAUUGUAAUGGGAAACUAAAUGUUCACUUUGACUCUACUAAGGUUCACCACGAAUUAGUGAGAUAUUGCAACUUAUCGAACCUUCCAACCUAUACAAAGUGUAACUUGUUGUGGCUUCUCUUGGAAUCACUUAUAAGGGUGGGUUCGUAUUCACAUGCUUCCAAAAUAUCAACGGAUUUAUUAUCAAUUUUGGAGUUUCAAUUCGGACCUUUGUCAAUGGAAUACUUGAGAUCAUUGUAUGUUUCAGCAUGGUUGCACCGUCAAAUGGGCUCUAUACACUUUCUUCACCCAUACCUAUACCUUUCAAACUCUGAAAAUUUGAUAGACUACAAGGGGCCCGACCAUUGGUUCGAAAAUGAAGAUUUGGUUAUGGAAGAACUUUCUUCAGGGAAUAACUGUUUUGAGAAGAGGAAACACCUGAAGGAAUCUCAAAACCUUUAUACUACUAUUUUGGACAAGUUUUUAUACCUGUCAAGGAAAAAUAAUAUUAAGAUUUUGGAGAUUUUAAACAAUAUAGACCCUGAAUUUUGCACCUCCAAAUUGGAGAAACUUGUAAAUAUAACUAAGAAAAGUAUUUUGAAACAUGGAAAUCAGCAAAUUAUCGACGGACUAGAAGACACUAUUCUACUGGGCUAUCUUGACCAGUCUGAAGUGUUUCAAUCUAAGAUUAUGCUAGUUCUAGAGAAUUAUUUGACUCUAAAGAUACUUUCUCUGGAUACCAACCAAUACCAUGAAGUAGCCAAUAAACUUUACAGUGCAUAUGCAAGUCAAGUCUCCAGUGAAUUUACGAAGCAACUAUCUACAGGAACAAGGACAGAAUUUGGAUAUGUUGAGACCAAACAGACAUACAGUUAUGGAUCACGGGUUAUAAGGUUACCAGAAUCAUUUUCAUCACACCUAUCAAUAAAGAAAAACAUAAUACCAAAAAGUGGCCAUGAUCUAAGGUCAAUAGAGUGUUUACUAAUGGGAGAACCUGAAUAUAGUAAGAAAAGAAUAUGUGAAAUGAGUCUUUCAAGCUGUGAUUCGGGGGUUGAUUUUAAUAACUGGUUCGAUUCAGUAUUUGAUUUUAUACAUCCAAAAUGUGUGUUAUCUGGAGAUAAAUUUCAAUUAAGUUUGGACAUUUUGAGGAACUUCUCGACGCCCUGCCAAAGGCUAUUUAUAUUGGGGCAUUUGGCAAGUAUCUCCAGAUCAGAUUUAAACCAAACACUUACAUUUAAAUUAUUUAAAAGAAAUAUGUUAAAUUCAAUGAACAGUAAAGGGAAUUUUAAAUAAUAAAUUUAAAAAUAAUGUAAUAUAGUUGCACACUAUA